GCGCUCCCCGCCUCUGCGAGAGGAGGGCGAAGGCGCGGAAGGCGCGUCGGAACCGGCUGAGGAGGUUGUGGUGGCUGCAGCGGGCGACAUGGACAACGCGGGGAAGGAGCGUGAGGCAGUGCAGCUGAUGGCGGAGGCCGAGAAGCGAGUCAAGGCCUCCCACUCCUUCCUCCGAGGGCUGUUUGGAGGAAACACAAAAAUAGAAGAGGCUUGUGAAAUGUAUACCAGAGCUGCAAAUAUGUUCAAGAUGGCUAAAAAUUGGAGUGCUGCAGGAAAUGCAUUUUGUCAGGCAGCCAAGCUCCAUAUGCAGCUUCAGAGCAAGCAUGAUUCUGCCACCAGCUUUGUGGAUGCUGGCAAUGCUUACAAGAAGGCAGACCCUCAAGAGGCUAUCAACUGCUUAAAUGCAGCCAUCGACAUUUACACAGACAUGGGAAGGUUUACAAUCGCAGCCAAGCACCACAUCACCAUUGCGGAGAUCUAUGAGACCGAACUGGUAGACAUUGAGAAGGCUAUUGCACAUUAUGAACAAUCAGCUGAUUAUUACAAAGGGGAAGAAUCCAACAGUUCAGCUAACAAGUGUCUGCUGAAAGUGGCAGCGUAUGCUGCCCAGCUGGAGCAGUACCAGAAAGCCAUCGAGAUCUACGAGCAGGUUGGGGCAAACACCAUGGAUAAUCCUUUGUUGAAGUACAGUGCAAAGGACUACUUCUUUAAAGCAGCCCUCUGUCACUUCAUAGUAGAUGAGCUGAAUGCCAAGCUUGCUCUUGAGAAAUAUGAAGAGAUGUUUCCAGCAUUUACUGAUUCAAGGGAAUGUAAGUUAUUGAAAAAACUUCUAGAAGCUCAUGAAGAACAGAACAGUGAAGCUUACACUGAAGCAGUGAAGGAAUUUGACUCAAUAUCUCGCUUGGAUCAGUGGCUCACGACCAUGUUGCUUCGUAUCAAAAAGUCCAUCCAAGGGGAUGGAGAAGGAGACGGGGACCUAAAGUGAACAUUUAUGUCUUUGUGGCAUGCAGCUGACUCCUCUUUAGUUUCAUGUUAGGGCCACAUGAUCUUUAUGGGAUGCCCAUUAAAUGGCUUAAUUCUGUUGCCCAUGGGCCAAACCAUCUGUGUGUUUAAGUUCCCUGUGUUUGUGUCUUCAUGAAGUGGACGGCUGGGAAGCUCCUGUGCAUAUUGUGGGUGCAGUGGGCUAUUUCAUGUUUGUCAGAGACCCAGAGUUUUCUGAGAACUACUUCAGAAUCUUAUUCCUGUUGUUUUGAUAUCAGCAGAGCCUGUGUUUAACUUUAUCGUGUAUUUUUAUGUCAUUUUCUUAGACUGGAGUACCCAGCCUAAUCAUUGUAAUAGAUGCUUUGCAUACUUUCCACAAAUUCGCACCUGGAUGUAUUCUCUAAGUUUACAUGUUUAGUUCAGGAUGGUUGUUAGGAAUGAGCUUUAUGGCUUCACUUACUAAAAAUGGUUUUUAUUGUUCUUGUGAUUCUUUUGAUGGUGCUAGUGAUCAUUUGUUUGCUUUUUAUAUUGUUGUGUUUGCUAACAUGCAUGCGAAAAUUCAGAACAGCCGGGGUCUGCCAGCAUCACUUACUUAACAUUGUGAGAAAAGGGACUUUCCUGGCAGGGCUUGCUGAUGUGUAUGGGCCAGUGUCAGGGUGAGUCUGAUGGAUUUAUACUCCUUCACACACUAGAGAUCUGUACACAACAGUUUUUCCUUUUCCUGGAGAUAGUUCCCACUUUUAGUUGGAGUGGAACCCUUUAUAUUCACAUAAAAGUAAUUUGAAAGGCAUGUCCUUUUGUUUACUUUCACGUUCAUACACUUGUCCACGUUGAGAUGAUGCCUGGUGUGCCACCACCAUGUGAAUCCGCGUCAAGGCCACAGAGAGACCAGGUCAUUAAUUUUACCCUUUAAUUAAACGUGAUGGGUUAGGUGGUGUAAAUACAGUACAGAGGUUUGCCAUGUGUCCAGUUGGGGAAGAAGGGCAACGAGCUUCUGAGGAGAAUUGAUUUUCUUCUCAGCUAAUGGAGUCAUUUUGGCUUGAAUGUUUGAAUUUAGUUGUCAUUUUGGUUUACAUAAUAUUUGCUCUAUUGGUUUAUGAAUUUAACAUGCUGAUACUGUGCUUUAGACAUGGUCUUGUUUUCUGAAUCUUCUCUGUAUUUUUAUGCUUAACUGACUUAAGUUUGAUGUGUAUUUUUUUGCCAGUCCUAGCUUGUAGGUCUUUCUAAAAUUAUGCUGCUACCAUUAAAGACGAUAAUGAAAUUUCCCAUGUUAGGUCAGAUGGAAACUGGCAUUUGAAGGGUGUUUUCAUUUUUGGAUGUCCCUCCACUGGGAUUGGUAGGCCUUUUUUGGGCGGAAGUAGAGGGUACGCCACAAAAAGGGCUGAGCAUGGAGGAAGGCAAGGGGAUGGUAAGCAUGUUGGACUGAGAUGAGGGAGAAAGUAGCAAGAAAGUAGCUGAUAGGGCCAGCUGACGCCUGGUAGUAGAGGCUGUCCUUCAGGUCACUGUGGAUUUCCUAGCUGCGGUUGUGGGGUCACCUGUGCCAACAUAGCCUGGUGGAGAGGAAGGUCAGAGAUGUCACAGGGUGGGCCAAAUGGACCAGAAGACGUGGACACUCUGGCCUUGUGACCUGGGAUCUGAUGAAUGUUCCUUCCUUUAAAGGUCUGGGAUUCUUAGAAGAAAGCUGGCUAUCACUUAUAGUACAAUUUGGAAUGCAGCCCUUUUGGUACUUUUUCACUUCCUGUCAGAAUCUCUUAUGAAGAAAUGAUUAGAGCAGAGUGUGAGUUCCUAUGCUUCAUCUGUUCCACAACCAGCCAAAUGCACUUUUGUAAAAGUGAGGUAUGGGAAGGAGGGUGCUUUUUUGUCUGUGUCCUCAGACUGUAAGUCUCUCUCAUCUGGAGAGCAUUUAAAUCCUAGCCUGCCAGGAUGCUUGUUUCAUCACUAGUGUGCAAGGUUUGUUUUCACUUGUUAAAAGGUCCUUCUGAUGUGACCACUUAAAGUAAGAACCAAAUGAUUUCUCUUAGGAUUCCUUUAGCUUUCAACAUGGUCCCCUCAGACCCCUGUCUGAGAAAGAGGUAUGGUUUGUAAAAAUAGUACUGGCACCAUUUUGUUAUGUUAGUUGGAGAGUUGCUAGUUUGUCUUGAAAUAAACACUGGGAUCAGUGGCUGGGUUAAGAAUUUUUUGUUUUUAAUAUUUCACAUGAAAAAAGUAAAAAUACUUGUAAUGGCUAGAACAGAACUGCCAGAAAAUAAGAGAAUGAGAAGAAAGUCCAUUAACAUUAUCCAAACUUUUGAAAUGUCCCGUCAACAUAGGGUAGUACCACAAGGCCCGAGUUAGGUUUUCAGGAGUUACAGAAUGUUCUUUAUGAAUAAAAUAUAAUGACCAUUUAUGUUGGGUUCUUGUAUUUUAUCAAAUCUGGAGUUAGUUCAUAGUCAGAGUCAGUUCAAAUUUCUUACAGGAAAGCUUUGCUUUUUGUGGCAACAUUUUUAUAGCUUGUGUGAGUUCCUUUUUUAUUUAAUGAUUUGAAAACAGUAUUUUUGCAGUUGUGACAGUGUGUAAUGACAUCCCUGUAACCAAAGUGUGUGCAUUUAUUGUUUUCUCUGAUACUGUGCAUUUAAAAUGUCCAAAUGCAACUUCUGUGGCUUCCUUCAGGGGACCCGGCAGUACAGCAUGGCACCUGCGACCCUCCUGCCUGCAGUGUGAGCUGUGGCCUGGAGCAGGCUCCUGCCUGCGCAGUGCUGUGUUGGGCACUGCAGGGUCUCCUCCCUCGUGUUCUCGGGUGGAGGAUUAUGUUAUGAAAACUAACCAUGUGAUGAUCACUCUACCUUAGCAGAAAGAAUAUGUAUGUUUUAUGUCACCCUGUACAGAAAAUAAAGUGGAAAUUAUGAGUA